ACGUGUUGAUAGUUUGGGAAGGAAUUGUAAAAAACGUACAUAAUAAAUUAAAAUACAAGUAAAUAUAAAAAGUCAUUUAAAUAUUUAAACACAAACAGUUGCACAAAACGUGAUAUAAACUAGAACAUUUAAUUUUAUUUAAGUUAAAAGUGAAUUACUGGAACUUUUCAUAAAUUAUUGUCGCAGAAAAAAUAAUUUUCUAACGGUGGAUCAACAAGUUAUUUUUUAGUUACACAUCAAUUAAAAUGGGAUACGUGAAGCGAAUAAAUAAUAACUAUUAAAGUGUCUGUGAUGCCCUCAUAUGCUGUGUUCAAAUUCAAAUCUAACAAAUUAUGUCUCGACAAGAAAAAGCCAAGUCAGUCACAUUCCUAGAGUCAUGGUUCAAAACGAGUACUACGAAAAGGCCAGCGGGGCAAAGGCCCACUUCCACGGGGCAGGCAGCACGUCCCAAUUCGGAGAUAGAUACAGGAGACGCUGACGAUGAAGACCUAAAACUUAUCGACGUCAUGAGCGAGAAGGAAGUUAAUGCUAAGAUCGAGGAGUUAUUGAGUGACAUGAACCUCAACGACGACAAAAAGAAGCCCCUUAGAGAAAUGCCCAUGGAACAGAAACGUGCAAUGUUGAAGAUGCAGAACAAAAAGAAAGGACAACACGACACGGGCAGUCGAUUCAACGAUCCCGAAGAUUAUUACAGAUAUCUGGAUCAACACAUCAAUCCGGAGUACUUGCAGUUGAACAAAUGCCUGAACUGUGUGGAAAGCUUGAGGGUAGCCUUGACUAACAACCCAGUCAGUUGGGUAGAGAAGUUUGGGACUAUAGGAGGUUUACAGAAACUUGAACAAGUAUUGGAUACGGGAAUAAGGAAUAAAGAUGUUCGACUUCAAACAGAAUGUUUACGAUGUUUAGAAAAAUUCAUGAACAAUACGACGGGACUUAAAGCUUUUUUCAAAUUUUCAAAAGCGCAUUUGACUGUAGCCAGAUGCUUGGACCACGAAAAGCCUACUGUGAUGUUACAAGCCUUAAAGAUUCUUGCACCUCUAUGUAUCCUGAACUUGGAAAAGAGCGGCGAGGAAGAAGGUGUAAAAAAGGUGCUUAGAGCCAUUACCGAGGUGGGAGAGAUACAUUCGAGAGAACGGUUCCUAUCUGUGGUACUUGGAAUCACUGCCAGCGAUAAUGCCGAAUUACAGAGUAUGUGUUUCCAAUUCAUCAAUGCCUUAUUAAGCGAAACGGAGGACUUCGAGUUCCGUAUGCAUUUAAGAAACGAAAUUGUAAGAAACGGACUUUACGAAAAACUACAAGAACUAAGGAACGAGAGUAAUCCCCAACUAAAAACUCAGUUCGAAAUAUUCGAAAACAGACGAGAAGAUGACGCGGACGAAUGGCACGAACGAUUUGACAAGGUCAGGCUCGACAUGGACGAUAUUCAAGAUUGCUUCGAGGUCUUAAAAAAUAUCACUCUAGAUACGCCGUCGGAGCCUUAUUUUUUGAGUAUCUUGCAACAUCUCUUGUUCAUUAAGGAAGAUGUCAAUAUCAGGCCAGCUUAUUUUAAAUUAAUUGAAGAAGUGAUAACGCAGAUAGUACUCAAUAAGGCGGGGCUAGAUCCUGAUUUUAAGAAAAAACAUAUAGACAUCGACCUUCAGCCGCUUCUAGAAGAACUUAAAGACAAACCAAUGCAAAUUGAAAGUGCAGAAGUCGAGAGCCUAAAAAAACAACUCGAGGAAGCAAUCGCAGCAAAAACAGAGGCAGAAGCCAAACUAGAACUCGUCCAGGGUCGAGCAGGUACCACACAACCUUCCGGAAAACUAGACCCAGCUUUAGUAAACAAAAUCAAUGUGCCACCACCUCCCCCAAUGCCAGGCGCCGGUGCGCCUCCACCACCUCCUAUGCCAGGAAUGGGAGGCGGUCCUCCCCCACCUCCGAUGCCCGGAAUGGGUGGCGGUCCUCCUCCACCUCCGAUGCCUGGAAUGGGAGGCGGUCCACCUCCUCCUCCAAUGCCUGGUAUGGGUGGUGGGCCACCACCACCUCCUAUGAUGCCUGGAAUGGGCGGGGGACCGCCGCCGCCACCCAUGAUGGGUGGUAUGCCUCCACCUCCACCCGGCAUGGUUCCCUUACCGGGUUUGGCCAGGCCGGAUUUGUUACCACACGGUUUAAAACCAAAGAAGAAGUGGGAAGUUACGGGACCAUUAAAGAGGGCCAAUUGGAAAACGAUUCUACCACAAAAAAUGUCCGAAAAGGCCUUCUGGGUAAGGGCAAAAGAGGAAGACCUUGCCGAACCAGAUAUUCUCGACGGUUUGGCUAAGAAGUUCUCGUCUAAACCUGCCAAAUUACCAGAAGAUGUGACAGAUAAGAGCAAUAAUACGGGAACGAUGAAGAAAGUUAAGGAACUUAAAGUGUUGGACGGAAAAACUGCCCAAAAUAUUAGUAUAUUAUUAGGUGGAUCGCUCAAACACAUACCAUAUGAAGAUAUUAAAAACGCUCUACUCAGAUGUGACGAAGCUAUUCUAUCUGAUAAUGUUACUGAACAACUUAUUCAAUACUUACCUCCUGCCGAUCAAUUAAACAAAUUCCAAAACUUCAAAGAGCAAUACAAAGACCUGACUGAGGCUGAACAAUUCUGCGUGAAGAUGUCCGAAGUGAAGAGGCUGUUGCCUAGGUUGAAAUCUCUCAGCUUUAAGCAUCAUUACGUGGAAAUGGUGCAGGAUAUCAAACCGGGAAUUGUUGCUGCUACAGCUGCUUGCGAUGAAGUGAAGAAGAGUAAAAAGUUCGCCAGGAUUUUAGAACUAAUUUUAUUGAUGGGUAAUUAUAUGAAUACGGGAAGUAAAAAUGCGCAAGCGUUCGGAUUUGAAAUGUCUUUCCUUACCAAGUUAACCUCGACAAAAGAUGUUUCGAAUAAGCAAACGCUUCUUCAUUACAUUACUGAAACGAUAGAGAACAAAUUUCCAGAUCUGCUUAAUUUUUACGAUGAAAUGCCUCAUAUAGAUCAAGCCAGCCGAGUAUCGUUAGAUACGAUACAGAAAGCGUUACAACAAAUGGACACUAGCAUAAGAAAUUUAAAGACGGAUUUGACAAAUAACAGGGUACCUCAGAGUGAAGAAGACAAAUUUUUAGAAGUUAUGGAGAAAUUCGCCGAGGAAGCCAGAGAACAAUGCGACAUCAUGCAAAAAAUGUUAAAGAAAGUAGAAAACCUCUACAGCGAUCUAGCUGAAUAUUACGUGUUUGACAAACAGAAAUACGCAUUAGAAGAAUUCUUUGUGGAUUUGAAAACGUUCAAAAAUAGUUUCCUGCAAGCCAAAGCCGAUAAUCAGAAAGAAAAGGAAAUCGAAGAGAAGAAAGAGAAGGCGAGGUUAGCGAAACUAAAACAAGAAAAAGAAAAGGAAGAGAGAAACAAACGAAGGCUGAUUGAUAUGAAUCCUUCAGAAACGCAAGAAGGAGUGAUGGACAGUUUGCUAGAGGCUCUUUCUACGGGUAGCGCAUUUGGAAGGGAGCAGAAAAAGCGAAGAGGCCAUCGACCAGCAGGAGCUGAAAGGAGGGCCCAGUUAGUUAGAUCUAGGUCGAGAACGGCCUUAAUAGCUGGAAGAGAAUUAACUAGGGCAACAUCUUUAAAGCACGAUCUCUCUUAUAUAGAAUAUAACGUGGAUGAAAACGAUUUAGGCCUUUCUACUACGUCAGUCUUUUUCUAAAAAAAAUGCCUAUAUAUGAAAUAUUGGCGUAGCAUUAAGUAAUAAUAAAGAAGAACGCACAACGACUUGAACGCUCAAAAGAAAUAUAUUAUAUAAAGAAAUAUUUUAUACGUUGUAAUAAUUUAUUUUGUAAAUUGUUUUUCCAUUUGUAAAUAAUAAUCCGUAUAUGUAUAUUUAGAAAUUGAACGAAUGAAUCUCUUAUAUAUAGUUUUAGUUUUAUCGCAGAUUAUUAUGUAAAUAUGAUAAAAAAAUAAAAAAAAUCAGUCUUUUGUUAAACUUUAUAUUGCCGUAAAAGUAGAUUAGUUUUUUAUAUAUUGUUUUUGAAAUUGAACAAAUUCUUGUACGUUUUGAGGUAGUGUGCUUUUAUAAUAUGUAAAAUGUUGUAAUUAUUAUAUACUUUACUGUUCGAAUUUUUGUUAGGUUUUGAUUUUAGUUUUAUUUAUUUCUUUAAAAAAAAAUGUGUAUGGUUAAUUAACCAAAUAUAUGCGUACUGUUUUGUUUAUAAGUCAUUUUAAGUUAAGUUCAAAAAGCUCUUUAAUUGGACCUCUGUUCUUGCUAUUUUUUGUAGUGGGUGACAUCAAAUACAAGAUGGCAGAUAAGUUUAUUUCAGAACAGAAUUUUCAUUCCUAAAAAAUCCUAUAAAACCAAUUAAAAGAUCUGUUGCGCUGCUAUGAUGUUCUUCCUUUCACUGCACUAACAGAAAGAGUAGUACCCUGUACCAGUAUCUUCCUGGAUCAUUCACUCUCCCUGGACCACUUUUUGUUACAAAAAGAAUAGUACUAGGGAGUCAUCAUUAUUUACGUUUGUCGCUAUACAGGAUGUUAGUAAAUAAGUAUGAAAAACUUUAAGGGGCAAUUCUACAUGAAAAAAUAAUGACAGUUUGCUCUAUAAACGUAUGUCCACAAAUGCUUCGUUUCCAGGAUACGGGGUGUGGAAAUUUUUUUUUCAAACUGCGAAUUUUUUUAUUGCUCUAAGACCUUUUAAGCUGUGAAAAUUAAAUUUGGUGGGUUUCAAGAGGUAGUUAUUGCGCAUUUUUUGGCAAACAAAAUAACAAUUUUAUAUUCAUCAUUGGCGCGCCUACGGGUAAUGGUCUGAAAUUUUUUAAAGAAAAAAAUAGUACGCCACUGAGAUAUUUCAAGUUAAAAAUUAUUUUUGUAUUCCACGUUUAAUUUAUGAUAAAGAACCUUUUAUUGUCUUUUUUUCAUAUGGUGCACCGUUUUUAUGCAAAAAAAUAAAACAUCUUCGAGCGUAUUUUUCAUUUCUUAAUAUAGUAUACAUUAUCAAGAACUCUCCAAUAUAAUAAUGCCAAACUAGAACAAUAAAAAUUAUUUCUAAAAAGAUUUUAACUAGGAGCAACGCUACAACAAAUGUUCAAAAUUACCUCCUUUAAAGGUGACAGAGUAAUUUUAUAUUCACCAUUGGCGCGCGUACGGGUAAUGGCCCAAAUUUUUUAAAGAAAAAAAUAGUACGCCACUGAGAUAUGUCAAAUUAAAAAUCAUUUUUGAAUUCCUCGUUCAAUUUACGACAAAAAAUCGUUUUUGUCUUUUUUUCAUAUGAGGCGCCGUUUUUAUGCAAAAAAAUAAAAUAUCUUAACGUUUACAAAGUAUUUGAAAUAAGUUUCUAUGCAUAUGGAAUCUAUCUCAAAUAAUUUGUAAGCGUUAAGAGUUAAGAUGUUUUAUUUUUUUGUAUAAAAACGGGGCCGCAUAUGAAAAAAAGACAAGAAUGAUUUUUUGUCGUAAAUUGAACGAGAAAUUAAAAAAUGAUUUUUAAUUUGACGUUUCUCAGUGGCGUACUAUUUUUUUCUCUAAAAAAUUCAGACCAUUACCUGUACGGGCGCCAAUGGUGAAUAUAAAAUUAUUCUGUCACCUUUAAAGGAGGUAAUUUUGAACAUUUGUUGUAGUUUUGCACCUAGUUAAAAUCUUUUUAGUAAUAUUUUGUUAUUGUUCUACUUUGGUAUUAUUAUAUUGGAGAGUUCUUGAUAAUGUAUUAAGAAAUGAAAUAUACGCUCGAAGAUGUUUUAUUUUUUCGCAUAAAAACGGUGCACCAAAGGAAAAAAAUACAAGAAAGGUUCUUUUUCAUAAAUUAAACGUGGAAUACAAAAAUAAUUUUUAUUGUGAAAUAACACAGUGGUGUACCAUUUUAUUCUUUAAAAAAAUUCAGACCAUUAACCGUAGGCGAGCCAAUGAUGAAUAUAAAAUUGUUAUUUGUUUACCAAAAAUUGCGCAAUAACUACCUCUUGAAACCCACCAAAUGUAAUUUUCAUAUCUCAACCGGUCUUAGAGCAAUAAAAAAAUUGGCAGUUUAAAAUAAAAAUUUCAACACCCUGUAUCUCGGAAACAAAGCAUUUGCGGACAUGCGUUUAUAGAGCAAACUGCCAUUAUUUUCUCAUGCAGAAUUACCCCUUAAAGUUUUUCAUACUUAUUUACUAACACCUUGUAUAACCUAGUAUUUGAAUUUGCAAUGAUAUUUCAUGAAAAUUGUCACAGCAUAAACUAUCAGUUGAUGGUACUUCUCCCAUUGGAUAAGUUGGGUCAACGAACAUCUGAACUGUCUGUUGAUGGUACUGAUGUCGCGUAAAGAUACAGGAAAGGCACCUUCACUAGAUUUUUUUGGUAUUUUCAAGAAGACAUUUACAAAAAGAGUAGUACCAAAGCGUUGUCUUUAAAUUUGGAAUUUCUUGUAAGGAUUUUCAUGAAAAGGGUCCGAAUUUAAGCUUCCCGUUGAACAUUUUGGUUGAUAAACGUGUGAACUGGAUGUACACGGUACUAUUAUUGUGGCAAUCCUCAAGAUAGUAGCAAUCCUUAAGAUUGUCAUUGUAAUUGGUUGCACUUAGGUCAAAUGAUCAAUCAUUCUCUCAGUUGCAGCCAAGAUGUCUUUCUCCUAAUGGAGCAUUUUUGCUACAAAAUCGGUAGUACCAACGGUAGUUUUAGUGGAAUUAACAACUUAAUAGAGUCAGUUAUUUUUCUAGAUGCUGCCAGGAUAAGCUUUAUUUUACUAAAGCACUUUUUGCUACAAAAACGGUAGUACCAACGGUAGUUUCAAUAGAAUUUACAACUUGAUAGAGUCAGUUAUUUUUCUAGAUGCUGCCAAAAUAAGCUUCAUUUUACCGGAGCCCUUUUUGCUACGAAAAGUGUAGUUAAAGGGCGGAUUAUUUAAAUUUACAAUUAUUUAUAGUGGUAUUUCAUGAGAUUAGCCUUAGUUCAAACCCAUUAACAUUUAGUAGUAUAUUUGCUAAACAAAUCUUUUUUAUAUUAAAAAAAAACCAUCUAGCAGUUCUAUUCAAUAAAUAAUUUUUAAUACUCAUUUGAUUAUACUCGAACAUUACCUCAUAACGUACUAAAACUAUAAAUCUUUAUUUUAUUCUUUUGCAAUUGUUUGUUUUUAUAAUAUUUUUGAUUAUUUAUGUCUAGCUUUUGUGAGUUAAUCGAAUUCAAAGAUUUUUGUUAACUUAUAAAAAUUUUACUAUUGUUUCUUAUUUUGUUGUAUAUUAAGAACAAAUAAAACUUUGAAUUACAAUUUCAUACUAUUAAUUUCAAUGGAAACAUAAUAUUCUCCUUUUCAUGAACAUUUUUCAGUGCGUCACAAAUUAUAGAAAAAAAGGUAAGUCCGUGAUAAUACACAUUUAUGACAUUUAUUCUAACGUGACAUUUUUGUUAAAUCUGACAGUUGUCAAAUUUUAUUUUCAAUUUGGAAUAAAACCAAAUCAAUUGUGUCUAUUGCAUUUAUAAAAUGGUAUUUUCUUUCAUUUGUAUAGUCUUAUAAAUUGUACAGAUUAUAUUGAUAAUAUUAUUAUUUUAUUUAAUAAAUAAUUCUUUUUUGAUUAUGGCGCCAUCUAUCGACAACUAGAAUAAUCACCGAACUAGAAUAAUUGCCAAAGUAUUCAAAGACGUGCCUUUUUUUCUGUCACAUACAAUUUAAUGCGUUAGAGAGAAAUCGAAAAACUGUGACGCACUGAAAGAUGAUCAUGAGAAAAAGAAUAUUUAACUUUCAUUAUUUUGCUCUGUCUAAUAAAAACAGAGGACGAUCUCCAUUUUUUUAAAUGAUCUUAAAUGUAAUUUUCUUCUAAAAUAAAUGUAAAAAUGUAGAAACAACUAACAAAUAGAAAAGUAAGGGGGUCAGAGACGGUUCCCCAAUAAGAAGACGAUCAGUGGAAAUACCGCGAAAACGAUGGAACGACAACUUAAUGGAGACACAUUGAAAAACAGAUGACAAAUAUAAUUAGUAUUCUGUAUAUCGAUUAGAUUGCCGUCGCCACAGUUAAUGGUGGGGAUACACGAAACGUUGCCAGCGUUUGUAGCGCCGAAAUAUGACAAUUUUGACGACUCUUUGUAAUGUCAGUGUCAUUGUUUGUACAACAAAUUUUGUCAAAAAUGGUAAAUAAAUAUUACAUAUUAAAGUCAAAUAUAUGUCAUAUGCUUAAUGUCAAAUUGUGGUCGACAAAAAUGUCAAGUUACGACGCUAGAUGUCGCGUCAGUCAUGCACAAAGCGAAUAAUAGCUAGAGAGAAUAUAUCUAGGAGGGUUGACAUGGAGUGGAUAUGACAUUUCGACAGUGCUUCUCAUGGUGGAGAAAAUUGUGAGCCGCGGGGGACACUUGAUUUACUAUAAUUACGUUUAUUUUAAAAAAAAAAGGCCCCAUUACGGUUCUUGUAUCGAUUUUGAUUGUUACUUACAUGGAGAAAUAGUGGAGUGAAAUUCUUUCGUUUUCCUAUUCGCCCCGUGCGUCUCCCCUCUAUUUACAGUCACGUGACACGGUGUCAGAUUUUGUAAGGACGUUUUAACAUUGAGUCUCAUGGGAUUAUUUUGUUAAACUUGAAUAUUUUAUUUUGUAGUGAUAAUAACCAAAUACAAUUGUUAGAAUUCAUUAGUUAUUAAUUUAUAGUACAACAAAAAUAUUUUCUUUUUCGUUAAUAAAGAUUUAUUGACAUAAACUGCGAUAGUGAGGUUAUGUAUACAUAAUUAAACUGAUGGAAAAUGAAGAAUUUAUAUCAGAUUAACUGCGUUUUUAUUUUCUGUUUAUAUUAAUACAUCUUAUCACUAGCGUGACACGGUUUUUUUUUGUUAAAUGUCCCAUUUAAACAUACACAAAGCGUCCUUACAAAAUUUCAAAAAACCGCCAACACGAGCAGGUCGGUCGAUUUUGCUUUGACACUUUGUUAACGCUCGGAGCGAAUAUUUACAAUCCGGGGCAAAGCACAUUACCAUUUUUAUUAUACAACGGUUCACAACAAUUCCUAACAUUUGCUUGGGGAAUAUCACUAAAAACUAUAUUUCAUAGAAAUUUAAGAUCAAACCAUGGUGGUAUUAUCUUUCCAAACACUAUACUUAAGCUAAAAAAGCAGCAGAGGAAGCAAAAUUUCAACUUUAGAGGAAUUAAAAAGGCUCGAGAUUGGAUAAACCCUGGCUUUUCAACCUUCGUUUACAAAGUGAUAAUAACAAUAUGACAGUCGUGGCGUCACACUUCGGCUGUUAGCCUUAAAAUCACAUCGUAUUUUUCUAUAUUUGAACUACAUGUAUUAUAUCAGACAUUUUCUACCAUAUAGAAUAUAGAGUAUUUAUAGCAAAUUUCUAAUAAUGUAUUAAUACAUUAGCACAAAAUUAAUAGUAAAAUUUUAAAUAAUCUCUUGUUUUUGUAAAUCACGCAUAAAGCAUACACAUAAGAUCGUCCCCCACAUAGCCAGAAUGUACCACGUGACCUAUUAUCAUAGAUAGCGCUCCCAGCGGAUUGCCUACUUCAUUCUCAUCACAUUUCACCCAUCCCUAUCCAAGAAAAGCCUGCGCAUCUUUUGUAAUAAUAAAAUUUUCAUACGAUUAAGUCAAUCCUGACAUUUUUUGGCGCAUCAGUAAUAAACAUUUAACAAAAGAUUGAAAUAAUAAAAACCUUCGAUAAUAAUAAUCUGGCAAAUAACUCCCGUUUUUGUAUAUUUUUUUGCUUGGUUACUUAAUUUUCCGAUUUAUAAAGUCAUACCCUUUAUUUUGUAUACUGUUUAAUAAUCUUUAUGGAAAUUUUAUUUUAUAUUUCUUGUAAGCUGUUUAUUUUUUAUUAAUAUUUUUAUAGAAUAUGUAUGUGAAUAGGAUAAUAAAUUAAAAAAUAUUUUAAUAAAUUAUUUUCAAUUGUU